GUGCAAUGCGCUUGCCGCAAAUCUUUCUCAGUUGGCACAAACGUAUCCUGCGAAUGUUUGAGAAGAGCACUGAAGGCGGGGAUAAUGCCACGCCCAGCAUUCAGGACAUUGCCGGUCGAUUGGCAGAGGAACAGCAGCGACUGCGGCAACUGGAGGCCACCUCAAUGCCCAAAGAGAGGACAUUGCUGGUGCUGGGCAGCAAAUGUGUGGGAAAAUCGACGGCCAUCAACAAGUUCUUCGAUCGGGAAGAACACACAACGCGUCCUACUUUGGCCCUGGAGUACAGCUUUGGUCGUCGGAUCGGCAGUGGAAGGUCGCCCCAGGUCAUGAACGUGUGGGAGCUGGGCUCCCUGGACAAUGCCGAUCAGCUGCUGGAGGUGCCCAUGCGGACACACGGACUCCAACAGCUGGCGGUCUUCAUUAUGGUGGAUCUGUCGCAGCCGCAGCGCUUCUGGACGGAUCUGGAGUGCGCCUACAAGGGCCUGAGGGACACAUCUCAGGAGCUGUUGGCACGAAUGACACCCGAGCUGAGGGAAACCCUGGAACAGCGGACACUGGAGCGCGUGGGGCAGCAGAAUAAGGAGGAUCUAGGAACCCUAGAACUCCUGCCCUUUCCCGUAGUGAUUGUGGGAGGGAAGUACGAUGUGUUCAUGGCUCUGGAUCCAUCUUUAAAGAAGGCCAUCUGCCGCUGCCUACGCUCUAUGGCCCAUCACAUAGGUGGGGCGCUGCUCUUCUACUCCCAGAAGAUUCCGAAGCUCUCGAAGGUCCUGCGGGACACCAUCAGUCACAUGGGCUUUGGCUCUCCCAGUCAUCCCUUUCGGUCGCACGUGACGGACCACAAUGAGCCUCUGUCCGUCUGGUUUGGCACCGACAGUUGGUCGAGAAUCGGCGACACGGGAGCACAGAGUGUGGAGCGAAUCGGAGCCACCUUUGGGGUGGCAGUCCCCCAACUGCAGCUGGAGAAGCAGCUGCAACAGGUGCCCCAGGAUCCGGCUAAGGAUCCAGGCUUCAAGGAGUCCCUCAUCGAUGAGAUGCGGGCCCAGAAGAACGAAGAACUUGCGACCAUAAUGAGGGAUGUCCUCCUCAGGGGAAAGUUUGAAAGUGUUCAAAACUAAAUCUAGAAAUCCGUUCUCUAAAUCUCAUUGUAACUCCUCUCCUCUCUGUAUUGUUUGUUCGGUACCGUGUG